AUAUAAAUUUUUGUUCAACCAAUAUAAUUUAUCAACAAACACGACUGGCGGAAGAAAUAAAUAUUUUUUUUCAAUAAGAAAAGAAAUGAUAAACAGGUGUAUAUAGAAAAAGAAUAUUCAGUUUUCUUUUUUAUAAAGUGAAAAGUGUUGAAACUUGCUUUAAAUUGAAAAAGUAAAAAUGAAUACUUCUCGGCGCAUUCUAAUUUUGAUUGUUAGUUGUUUUCUUAUACAAGGGUCCAUUCAGGCUGAAAAGACGAAAUCUGAGCUUGAAAAUAUUCUCGAAAAGUUCGAAUCUACUUUUUAUCGAAAUUUUUUUCUGAUUAAAAAUUGUGAAACUGAUGAUCUGAAUAUUAAACACUUUGACGAUGCAAAAAGUAAUACAAAGACAAAGAUAAAUAAAGAUUUACUAUCAGACAAUGAUGCUUCAGAAUCAAUGAAGGAAUUAGAGAAAUUUGUAACUGACCCUCAAAAAACCCAAUGUGCGAAAACUGUUAAAAAAAUUACUCUGGAUGAAUCAAACAUUUUGGUGAAAAUGGACUGCAACAAAUACGUUCGUGAAAUGAAGUUGGCAGAGUUUAAUGACUUCAUUUAUCAAACCUUACUGCAAUAUUUAUAUCUUGUUAAAGAAAAUCUUGUACUCCUUUAUAAGGUUAAUUUUCCAAACAAUAAAGGAAAUGAACAGACCUACUAUGACAAUGUUAAAGAACUCGAAAAGAUGUAUAUUCUUACUGACAUUAGUAGUAACACUACCGUAAACAUUGAAAAUUUAAAAUCAAGUUUCGGUUUCUUAUUGCACCUAAACAAUGAUAUAGAUGGAACAAGUGCUCCUGAAGAAGAUGAUGAAUUUACAGAAGAUUAUGAAAAUAAAAUGACAAAAUUUGAAACCGAAUUGAAAAAUCUAGAAGCGAAUCUUACAGUAAGAUAUAAGACUAUGCCAGUUAAUGAACCAAUUUCUUUUCCAAUGCCAAUAAUUGCUGGAGUUAUACUUGCUCUAUCUACAUUGUGUCUUUUUAUGAAGAAAUUCUCUAAAACAUAAUGAGAAAAAUGCCUAAUAAGGAGGAAUUUCAAGAAAAGAAAAAAAUAGUACAGAAUUACUAUUAAUUUGAUAAGUUCCUCUCAAAUCUUAAUAAAAUUACAUUUUGUUCUAUCAAUUUGUCAAUAAAACAAUAUAUCUAAAAGUAAGAAAAA